AUGGCAGACUUCCUCGAGAACUUCGACUUCGGAGCCAGCGACGACUACACACCAGACGACGAUGGCGCAUGCGCAUCGGUGGACGACCUCCAGCGCCGGCUCCGCGGGCUUAUUGACGCAAAGACGACCGACACACGAGCCGAGCAUGUGUACGCAACGCUGGAUAUUGCCGGGACGGUCGAGUUCGCGGUAGCGGAAACGGAUGGCGUGAAUGUCACGGACCCGCAGCUCUUGGGGGAAGCAAUGGACGUUGAUGGCCAGCAGACGACACGGACUCACGCGUACACGGCGCUGGAGGCGUUGAGGAACCAACCUAGUCAGGCGCCUGCGGUGCAGCAGGCGUUGGCAGAGCAAAUUGUCAUGGCGGCCGGUGUUGAGGACAAGAGCACCUGGGUUUUGCAGGGUUGCGAAUUGGCGGCUCAUGGGUGGGAUUUUACGUUUAUUUGCGAGGCUUCAGUUCGGCAUUGGAAGAUGCAGAACGAGGGGAAGACGUUGCCCGUGGUAGGGGAUUAUACGAAGAAGGAGCCUGAGCCGGUAUUAAUGGAACGACCGGCAUUUGACUGCAGAGGUCAACUAUUCGUAUCGUUUUCGAGAAAAGCCCGUGUCAUAUCCGUCAAGUACAACCAUACAGUCCUCCACAGAACCGUCGCCGAAAUGACCGACUUUUUCAAACCUCCUCCGAUGAUUGGGCCGCAGAAACCAGAUAAGAAGACGUUGGCGGAGGCGGCCAAACUGGCGCAAGUUGAACAUACCAAGGCCAAGAGGAAGAAGGCCCGAGAGGAGCGACGACAAAGCGAGGGCAAGCCCAAGGAAGGCAGGAAAAGAAAGAGCAAGAAGGGCGCCGAGCAGACGGAAGCACAAUUAUCGUUGGCGGACCAAGCGUCACAGGCUUUGGAUUUUGCUGACGUUUCUCAACUCCAACGUGCGGUUGCGGCGGAGAAUGGCGUCAAUGGAGAGGCUUCUACGGGACAGGGAGCCAAUUCAGGUGCUGGCGCGGCAGGGGGCCAACUUCGAUCUGCUGUCAAGUCGUUGUCUCUUAAUGUCACGCCACAGGAGGCGGCAAGACGAAAGGAAGUUGCCUUGAAGCUGUUGACGGAUGCGGGUGUGAAUUCUGAGUCCCUUUCUACGGACCAGUUUAGUAUUUUUGCGAACCAGGCACCUGAGCUUCAGAAGGAAUCGCUUAAUAUGCUGGUUACAUAUGGAGCAGAGAGACUGCAGAUUAUCCAUCCGAGUAACAAGGAGAGUACUACGCCGGUACCGCAGGGGAAUGCGGCUGCGACAGGCGAGCCGGGAGGUUCUACGCCACGGACGACGACGACAGAGCUGGUUUUGGAAGAUGAAACGUCGAAACGGAAACGAAAGGGGUCCAGGCCGCUGGGCAAGUCAAGACUGGCUUGCUUUCAGUGCAAGAGCCGUCAAGUCAAGUGCCCAAAGGAUAGACCAUCUUGUACAGAGUGUCGGGAUAGCGGCAACACGUGCGAGUAUCCGCCGCAUAAACCGAGGAAUCGAAAACAAAAGUCUGCUGCGGUCGUGGCUGACGGUGACGACGAGGACGCGGACGCGGACGCGGACGGUGAAGCAGACGAUGAGGAAGUUGAUGGCGAGGCGGAUGAUACUGUCAUGACGGAGGCGAAUGAGGAUCCAGCGCGACAGGAAGCGCCCCAGCAGACAGAGACGCUCCACGAUGACGAUGGCUUCAGCUCCGAUACUGGAGCACCGUAUUCUUAUCCGCAAGUACCGCAGAUACCGGCAGCAGCAGAUGCACCCAGGGAACCGCCAACCGAUCCUAUCCACGGCUUCCAUCCACAACCGACACAGCUGCCGUACUUUCAAUCCGCAUCAGGGCUAGCAUUACCACAGCGCGAUCCUUUGGAAGACCCGCCCCGAAACCAACUCGACACAAGUAUCACCAUGCCAGGAAGCAGUAUAUACUACCCAUCAUAUCCCCCUCCAGCACCAGAACCAAGCCGUGAGCCCGAAGAGCGCCCACAAAGAAAUAUACCCGCCUCAAAUCACAACCGAUACCCCUCAAACAGCAGAAACACCAACACACCCACACAAACAUGGACUCCAAGCAACACCGAUUUCUCUAAGCCCACAACCGCGCAUAUAUCUCCCCUCCUACGACACGGCCAGCCCGGUCCCCAAGGUUCCGCGAGCCCAGAUCCAGUGGCCCCCGCCCAAAUCGACAUCCAGGACGCGACGCUCCUCGCACAUGCCGCCUCGCAUAGUCAAUCAUACGCACCUAACUCGGGGCUGAAGAUGCACCAUCCGGCGCCGCCGUCUCAAUCACCCUUCCAAACGGCGUAUAACCCGCGGUCGAAGUCGCAGCAGGGCCAUCGACCGUCGAGUCUUACGCCACAGCGGACAAGUGCGUACCAGUUACCUGCUGCGCAGCCAAGUUUGCAGAAUCCGUUGCAGAGGGGUACGUUGUUGCCAACGGGGCGGUUUGGGAAUGGUGAUGUGAGUGAGGCGGCGGAUAAGAUUGGGUAUAAGCCGUAUUCGUAUCAGAAGAAUGGGUCGGGUGGUGGGCAUGGGUAUUUGUCGCAGUAUAGUUCGGAGAUGGGAUCUGGGGGACAUUCGUUGCUGGCGCAGGGGCAGGGACAGAGUGCAGGGAGACAGGGACAGACACGGACACAGGCACAAGGGCAGAGCCAGAGUCAAAGUCAGAGUCAGCAUGGACAGGGACAACAUGUGCAGAAUUGGCAGUUUGGGGGCCAGGCGAGUGGAAGUGGGAAUGCGAGUGGGAAUGGGAAUGGGCAUGAGCAGAGUAGGUAUGGGUAUAAUUGGGGAGUGGGAGAUAGUUGGAACCAGAGGCAUUAG